AUGAGUACAAAGGGCAAGCGGCCGAUGCGUGCCCUGACCCCUGGAGAUAAGAUCGAAGCCAUUCAGCGAGUUAAUGAUGGUGAAUCAAAGGCUUCAGUUGCAAGAGACAUUGGCGUUCCCGAAUCUACUCUUCGAGGCUGGUGCAAGAAUGAGGACAAACUCCGUUAUAUGACUUCGCGUUUGUCAUCACCUGAAACUGAUAAGAGCAAUGAUGGAGAACCCCCAGACAAGAGAGCACGAACGGAAUCCCCUACUGGUCCCCAAUCGCCUGCCACUGCUGGUCUUGAUCUCACUUCUUCCGUCAGCGUACCGCAUACUGUAUCCCAACCGAUUCCGCCUGCUGACGCACCCGUCGAACUGACCACUAAACGUGCUGAGCCCUCUCCCCCGCCCCAUGCCCCUCGCGACCGCCGCCCUGAUCCCGGAGCCAGUGUCUCAAUGAGUGCUAUUAGCCCACUAUCCGGUCUCGGCCAUUUGCCGGGCCUCGCUCACUCACAUUUAGGACUGAGCUUUAAUGAAAUUGCAACCAACUUAACCUUAUUAGCUCAACUGAAUCCUGGCCUAUCAGCUCUAUCCGCUCAACCCGCAAGUCGCGCUUUACGUUCAGUUCGCUCCCCCAAACCUACACAUAACGGUGUCUUAAAUCUCAAUGACAACAAACAUCGUAGCAAAUCAAGCCAUUCAACGGAUCACUACAGACACAGUUCCAAAUCAAGUCACCAUGGUGUCCCACAGAAUCCUGCAAAUCAGCCUGUUGACGAUACACUGUGGUAUUGGCUCAAGACGCAGCAAGCUAUGCUCGAUCUAACUGCACAAACAACAGCCGCUCAUCCCUUACAAUUAAGUAAGCCUAGUGAACCGACAUUACCACCGAAACCCGUUGCUCCCGCGCCUCCCAUCGGCUCCCAUCUUGACUAUAAUAGGAAUUCUUGGUUAUGGCAAUACUACAAACAAUUCGGAGGGGCCAUGCCAUUACCAGAAGAUAAACUUAAGUCAGCAUCGCAGGUACCAAGAGAUAAAGCAGCAGAAAACAUUCUGUACUCCCAUUUAACAAAAGGUAAACCAGAAGAACACAUCGCAACUAUAACACCGCCAUCGCCACCGAGACACCAUCAGGACCUGCAGAGAGUUCCAGACCAUGAGGAAACACGCUUGCCUGAAGCGGAAACUUUAACGACCCCGGAACUGGGUACUGAAAAUAAAGAGCCUGUGUCUGAUAGAAGCUCGGAGACUGGCAGAAGUCAGAUAAAAGCUCGGACUGUGCUCGACAACUUACUAUUUAAUAACUCAAACCAACCACAAGGAAGUGACGAUGCUAAAAUCAACAGUAUGUACAAUGGCGGAUGGGAGUCAGGCACGGCAGAGGCGCUAGAACAUGGGGAGAAAUUCUUAGCGUGGCUAGAGGCGAGUGGCGACCCUAGCGUGACGCGUAUGCACGUGCACCAACUGUCUGCCCUGUUGCAUAACCUGCGCACGCGGCGGGCGGCCGUGCCCGUUGCGCCGGCUGGGACCACCGAUGGCGCACGUCGCAAAUAA